AUGGCCAAGAAGAUCCAGGAGUCAAAGGAGAAAAAGGCGCUCAAGGCUAUGUCCGGGACAAGGAAGGACAAGAAGAAGUGGGGAGACGGAAAGAAGAAGGAGGAGGUGCACAAGAUCGUGACUGUGUCCGAGGACCUUCUGUCGAAGGUGCGCAAGGAUGUCGGCCGGGCCAGUGUUGUGACACGGUACAUGGUUGGGAGCCGGCACAAUCUGAAUCUUGGGGUUGCGGAGAACAUACUGCGGCACCUGAGCGAGGAGGGGGUGAUUGAGAGGGUGCGAGGAAACAGCCGGAUGACGAUGUAUGCCGGAUGUGCAUCCCAAGAGCAAUAA